AUGAAGAUGUGUCGCGAAAUCUGGAGUUGGAACCGAGACCGGGAGAUGAAAUCGAUGGAAGUUUGUCUAAGAACCCACCGAUUCAUAGCAUUAGAUACAGAGUUUCCGGGAUGUCUAAGAGAGACAUCUAAAGAUGCUAAGGAGGAGCAAAGGUACGAUGACAUGAGAUUCACGGUUGACCGGACAAAGCUAAUCCAACUAGGUUUGACACUGUUCGACAGCAAAGGAAGAAUCGGAGGCACUUGGGAGAUCAACUUCUCGGAUUUCAGUGAAUUCGAAGAUGAGAAGAACGAGAAAUCGAUUGCGUUCUUGAAAAGCAACGGUCUGAAUCUUGAGCGGAUUAGAGAACAAGGAAUCGGUGCCGAAGGGUUUUUCUUGGACCUGAGUUGGAUUUUAAACCGGAAAAAGAACAUAACUUGGGUCACUUUUCAUGGAUCUUACGACAUCGCCUAUUUACUCAAAACCCUAACCGGAGAAGCUCUACCGGCGACUGCAGAGAGAUACGCAAACUCUGUGGCGAGGAUUCUCGGUUCGGUUUACGAUCUGAAAGUGAUGGCCGGUCGAUGCCUAGGGCUAAGUAGCCGGCUUGGUCUACAGAGUCUAGCACAUGAGUUGAGAGUUAACCGUGUAGGGACUGCACACCACGCGGGCUCCGACAGUGAGCUAACGGCUCGUGUCUUCGCUAAGAUGGCUCGGAAUUGCCACAAGGUGGAGGAAUCAGAAGGGUUUGUUUAUGGACUUGGCUACAGAAUUAUCUCAGAUCGUGUGAAGCAAGAGGCUGUUCUGAUGCAUCGAUUGCUCAGUUGCAUUACCACCGUAUGA